AUGGCUCCAAAGAGUAUAACGGAGUUGGGAGUCAACGACUUUGUUAAGGCUGGCUUACCGCCUGCUGAAGCCAACCAAUUGAAAGAACUUGUGCUCUCACUCUCAGUUUCCUCCGGCGAUCCCUCCGACAUAUGGCGCCGCAUCGUCAGCCGUAGAAUCCUCAAACCAUCAUAUCCUCAUCCCUUGCAUCAGCUUCUCUACUAUACCAUCUAUUCCAAUCAUCACUCUUCAUCUUCUCCUCCUCCUCUUUACUGGUUUCCUUCCAUAGAGCAGGCAAGACACACUAACCUGGGUCGGCUCAUGGAAAUUCAUGGUUCUCAGCUUUUAGGAGCAUCCUCCUACAAGGAUCCUAUUACCAGCUUUCCUCUUUUUCAUAAAUUUUCUGUCCAACACCCCGAGGUGUACUGGUCUCUUGUUCUCAAGGAACUUUCUAUUUCCUUUGUUCAACCUCCAAGUUGCAUUUUAGAUACAUCUUCUGACCCAUCAAAACACGGAGGAACCUGGCUUCCUGGUUCGGUCCUUAAUAUUGCUGAUUGCUGUCUGCAACCCAGCUCCCACCCAAACAAACAAGACGACAGUGUAGCCAUUGUUUGGAGGGAUGAAGGUUUUGAUGACUCUGAGAUUAAUCAUAUCACUCUCAAACAACUUCGUCAGCAAGUCAUGUUGCUGGCGAAUGCAAUAGAUGCCAAUUUCUCCAAGGGUGAUGCAAUUGCAAUUGACAUGCAAAUGACAGUCAAUGCUGUGAUUAUAUAUCUAGCAAUUGUUUUAGCAGGAUGUGUUGUAGUAUCAAUAGCUGAUAGCUUUGCACCAAAAGAAAUUGCAACUCGCCUCCGUGUUUCCAAUGCCAGGGGUAUUUUCACGCAGGAUUUCAUAGCAAGAGGUGGCAAGAAAUUCCCUUUGUACAGUCGAGUUAUCGAGGCAGCUGCAUGCAAAGUUAUUGUGCUCCCUGUAAUAGGCAACGAUGUAGGAAUAAAAUUAAGAAAACGUGACGUUUCAUGGAAUAGUUUUCUUUCUUCUGGCAAACAGCAUCCAAGGUCACAUAAUUACUCUCCAGUCUAUCAAUCAAUUGAUUCUGUCACUAACAUACUUUUCUCAUCUGGAACCACAGGGGAUCCAAAAGCAAUUCCUUGGACUCAACUUUCGCCCAUACGAAGUGCCGCAGAUGGAUGGGCUUUUAUUGAUGUUCAACCAGGUGAUGUCUAUUGCUGGCCUACUAAUUUAGGAUGGGUGAUGGGACCAACUCUUCUAUAUUCAUGCUUUCUAUCUGGUGCAACUCUUGCGCUGUACCAUGGAUCUCCACUAGGUCAUGGUUUUGGAAAAUUUGUUCAGGAUGCUGGUGUUACCAUUUUGGGAACAGUUCCAAGCUUAGUAAAAACUUGGAAGAGUACACAGUGUAUGGAGGGCUUAGAUUGGACAAAGAUAAAGACAUUUUGUUCGACCGGAGAAACUUCAAAUGUUGAUGAUGACCUUUGGCUUUCUUCAAAAUCUUAUUACAAGCCCAUAAUUGAAUGUUGUGGAGGCACUGAACUUGCGUCUUGUUACAUCAUGGGGAGUCGACUACAGCCUCAAGCUUUUGGAGCAUUUAGCACACCAUCAAUGACAACUGGUUUGGUCAUCCUUGAUGAAAAUGGAGUUCCUUAUCCAGAUGAUGUUCCCUGUGUCGGUGAAGCGGGCUUAUUCCCGGUAUAUCUGGGAGCAACUGAUAGAUUGCUUAAUGCCGAUCAUGAGGAGAUCUACUUUAAGGGAAUGCCCCUUUACAAAGGAAAGCAGAUUCUUAGGAGACAUGGAGAUAUAAUCAAAAGAACUGUAGGAGGCCAUUUCGUUGUACAAGGGAGGGCUGAUGACACCAUGAAUCUUGGCGGAAUAAAGACAAGUUCUGUAGAAAUUGAGCGUGUCUGUGAUAGGGCCGAUGAAUGCGUUUUGGAGACAGCCGCAGUCAGCAUUGCUCCUGCAAAUGCAGGUCCAGAACAACUGGUUAUACUUGUAGUUUUAAAGAACGGGUACAAUUCCGAUGCGGAAACUCUAAAGAAGAUAUUCUCUAAGGCCAUUCAAACAAACCUCAAUCCUUUAUUCAAGAUAAGCCUUGUUAAAAUCGUGCCUGCGUUUCCUCGAACAGCUUCCAACAAGUUACUGAGGAGAGUUUUGAGAGAUCAAAUGAAACAUGAGCUAUCAGUUCAUAGCAGACUUUAG